CCGCUCAACCCUCAGCCGGAUCAAGACAUAUCAACGACCUCGGGGAGAAAGCAACAGGGCCGAAACAACCCAUACUUUCUUCUUUCCCUAGGCACCAAAUUGGAGAUAUUAAUCGUGCCUUCUCUUCCUUUUACUACCACAAGUUUCCAUGGAUAGAGUACUCAGUUUCAUUGGAUUCAGAGUUUUUUGUUUUUGCUGUCGCCACUUUUCUUCAAAUAUUGCAAGAUCAGGCACUGACGAACUGUUUACAAAAGUGGGUGCUCGGAACUGGAAAAAGCUGUCAGAGAAACUCACAAAACAUGCUUCGUCACAGGUACAUUUAUCAAGAAUGGAAAUGUGGGAGAGCUACAAACAGACUGGUUCGACAGGAUCUGUGGCAGCACAACUGUCACACAGCCAUCAAAGCACAGUAGAAAAAAAAGACAGUAUUUGUUUAAAUCUGUUAAUAUUGUAAAAUUGCUAUCCAAACUAGGCCUGCCUUUCCGCAGACAUCAUGAAGAUGCUGAUGCAGAAACAAGGGGGAAUUAUUUGAGUAUAUGCGAUUUGUUCUCAAAAUACGACCCUGAUUUCAAAUCCAUGCAGUCCAAAUAUUUUAACUGUACAAGCCGAGAUUUUCAGAAUGAAAUUAUUGCAUUGUGUGCAGAGCUCGUUCGUGAAGAAAUAUCCAAGAAAGUACAUGAGACAGGUUUUCUUGCUGUUAUUGCUGAUGAAGCGAAGUCGUCAAAGACUGAGCAACUUUGUGUUUGCAUUAGAUACACAGAGGGGCUUCAGAUAAAGGAGCGUUUUAUUUGCUUUGUUGACUGUUCCAAUUCUCGUGAUGCUGCAGGAAUUGUUUCUGGCAUUAAAGAAGGAUUGCAGUCGUGUGGGCUGAAGGACAUUCCCAUAAUUGCCCAGGCAUACGAUGGAGCCUCUGUAAUGUCGGGACAUUUGAGUGGUGUUCAGCAACGAAUCAAAGAGGAAUUCCCCUUUGCUGUGUAUGUGCAUUGCAUGGCGCAUAAGCUGAAUCUUGUCCUGGUUGAAUCAUGCACUGUGAACAGAGAAAUUAAAACGUCUCUAAAUGCGAUUGACAAACUGUACUCUAUGUUUGCAGAGCCAAGCAACCAUUGCAGGUUUCUGAUGAUGCAGAAAACACUGGCUCUUAAACCAAAGGAGUUAGUACAGCAAAGCGAAACACGUUGGGUUUGCAAAUAUAGAUGUGUUUAUGCUGUCAAAUCACAGUAUGCUGCCAUCACUCACUGUUUAAAAGAGAUGGAAGAAGAGGGAGAAAAGUGGUCCGUGGAGGCAAGUGGAUUGUAUCACCAUAUGACAAGUCUCCGCUUCAUUACUUCCAUAGUUAUUCUUGAGGAAGUUCUUAAGAGUUGUACACGUAUCACACAAAAGACUUCAAGGUGCAAGUACAACCAUGGCCGAUGCAGCCGCAGCAGUAAGGAGCCUGAGAACACAUCUCCAGCAUUGCAGAGAGGAGAUAUCAUGGGAGGCAAUAUGGAUGCAGGUGAAAAGGUUUUGUGAGGAUUUUUCUGGUGUUUGUGCAGAGAGUUCACCUCAAACUGUGGGAAAACGAAAAAGAACCUCGCGACCACCUUCCGGGCUUUCGCAGCACUUGCUACCAACCACACUUGGCCAGCAUGAUGAAAAUGAAUUGCACCACAAAUCAGAAUCACAGACGUUUAAAUGUCAGUUGUGUCUCCCUGUUUUAGACACUAUGCUGGCCGAAUUGGACAGGCGAUUCUCAACUGAUGCAAUGGCCCUGAGUGUGGCAUGUGAUGCUGUAUUCAGUUGUGACAAGAACGGCAUCGGUCCUUUACUAAGCACGUAUGCAAGCUUUCAGAUCCACCCUCAGCUUGUGACUGCUGAAAUGGAUCUAGUGAAAUGUGCGAUUGCAUCGCCGAUCACCCUUGAAAAGCUUUAAAAUGAAGUGCGGAAGGAUCAAUAUCCAAACUUUUACCGACUCCUGCAGCUUGCUCUCACACUGCCCGUUGGUUCUGCUACAUCAGAAAGAAGUUUCUCAGUUAUGAGAAGAAUCAGAAACUGGCUCCGGUCUGCAAUGGCUCAGGACAGAUUUUCAGAUCUUUCCCUAUUGCACAUAGAGAACGAUUUGACUGCAAAUUUACCUGAAGAGAAGAUCGUGGACAUCUACGCAAAUCGGAAAAAGAGGCGGAUUCUCCUGCAUUAGCCCUCCUCAUGUGAAUACCGAUGAGGUAAGGACCUGCGACUCUACCUGCACGACUCCACCGAGCAAAGACACCGGCAGGGCACGCCACGUUAAGUUUUGAUUUAUUUUUUUAAAUGUAACUUUCCUACUGUCUAUUGUUUUGUUCUGUUUUGCUACUAACAUGUGUUUCCAGUACAUUCAGACUGUCCACCGUAGACGCACUUGCAAACGUACACAGCGGAGACCUCAGCACCAUCAUCAGUCACCCUGCACUAGCCCUCCACAGUCUGCUUGUCUGGCUGUAGGGCUCUAGAACUGGCAGUCAUCUGUUAACAAGGCAGACUUCAUCCCGGCCUUCGCCAGCCAGCCAAUGUUCUAGCAUUGACUGAAACGUGGAUCUGUAAAGAGAACACUGCUACUCCAUCGGCCCUCUCCAACAACUUCACCCACACUCCUCGUCCUUCUGAGCGAGGAGGGGGAACAGGUCAACUGGGAAACUUCUAAGAAGAGCUUGACACGCUGCUGUCCUCUAUCCCUGAAGACGGCACUCCACUGGUAAUGCUAGGCGACUUCAACAUCCACCUAGACAAACCAUAAGCAGCCGACUUCUUAGCUCUCCUCUCCUCGUUUGACCUUCACAGGGCGAACACCCCUCCCACCCACAGAGGAGGACAACAGCUAGAUCUUGUUCUGACUCGUUUCUGCACUGCUAAUAAUAUUCUAUUUACUCCCCUGCAUGUCUCUGACCAUUUCUUUAUGAAGUUCACUGUAACACUCCUUGUAAUCUCACUUCCCCCCUAACCCUGUUUCUUUCCGUCGUAAUCUUCGUUCCUUCUCUCCCACUUGCUUUUCGUCCAUGGUGUCCUCAUCCCUACCCACCACAACCCUUUACUCAUCUCUCAACGCUGAGGAAGUUACUGAUAAGCUCUGUACAACCUUAACAUCCUGUCUUGACAGUGUCUGCCCUCUUACCUCUAGGCCUGCACGUGCUACACCCUCUUGCCCCUGGCUUUCUGAGACUCUUCGCGAUGAUCGGACCAAGCUAAG